AUGUGCUCCUCCCUGGGCAAAUGCCCCAGCCCCGAGCUGGGAUCGUCCCACACCUCGGCCAUGAAGGAGCAGCAGCUGACGGUGGCUCUUCGCAUCCGACCCCUCAGUGAGGCUGAAGAGGAGGAGGGAGCUGCGCUCGCUGCCCACAGAGUGGGCGAGCAGGGGGUGGUCCUGAUGGAUCCAAGUGAAGAUCCAGAUGACAUCCUGCGAGCCAACAGAUCCCGAGAAAAAACCUUUGUAUUUGACAUGGUUUUUGAUCACACAGCAACCCAGGAGGAAGUCUAUGUGUCCACGACCAAAAGCCUGAUAGAAGGAGUUAUUUCUGGAUACAAUGCAACCAUUUUUGCAUAUGGUCCGACAGGAACAGGAAAAACCUACACGAUGCUGGGGACGGACAGUGAGCCGGGGAUUUACAUCCGUGCUCUUGAUGACCUUUUCAAGGGCCUUGGAGCCACUGCUGAGGACGUGGAUUACACAGUCUCCAUGUCCUACCUGGAGAUCUAUAACGAAGUGAUCUGUGACCUCCUCAACCCGUCCUCGGGGUUCUUAGACUUGAGAGAGGACUCCAGAGGCAGCAUCCAGAUAGCAGGAAUUACAGAAGUCUCCACUACAAAUGCUCAGGAGAUCAUGCAGCUGCUGACGAAGGGCAACAAGCAGCGCACGCAGGAGCCCACGGCGGCCAACGGGGCGUCCUCCCGCUCGCACGCCGUGCUGCAGGUGACGGCGACGCAGAGGAGCCCAAGGGAGGGGACUGGCGAGGAAGUGCGGAUCGGGAAGCUCUUCAUGGUCGACUUGGCAGGGUCAGAGAGAGCAGCUCAGACUCAGAACCGGGGCAAGAGGAUGAAGGAAGGAGCCCACAUCAACCGCUCCCUGCUGGCUUUAGGCAACUGCAUCAACGCUUUGAGCGAGAAGGGCGGGAGCCGGGCCCAGUUUGUCAACUUUCGAGACAGCAAACUCACCCGCCUGCUGAAGGAUUCCUUAGGGGGCAACAGCAGGACCGUUAUGAUUGCACACAUCAGCCCAGCCAGUUCCUCCUUCGAAGAAUCUCGAAUGACCUUGAUCUACGCCCACCGAGCAAAAAACAUCAAGACACAGGUGAAGUGCAACCUGCGGAACGUCUCCUACCACAUGGACCAGUACACCGGCAUCAUCGCGGAGCUCCGCAGGGAGAUCCAGCGCCUGAAGGCAAGGGUGGAGGGCCAGGAGAAGGAGAAAAGUGCGGCUGGCCCUGACCUCGGGGUUCUGCAAGCAGAGAGGCAGCAGGGCUCUGAGGCACCCAGCAGCCAAGCAAUGAGCACCUUGCGGGCGCAGCUGAUCGGGGCUUUCAGGGAGCAGAUGGAGAUGCGUCACAGCCUGAUGGAGCUGGAGAACACCAACAUUGAGCUGCACGUGGACACCUGCAGGCACCUCCUAACAAUUGCUGACUGGGAACGAGAGAAGGCUCAGGGUGCACGUAAGGAUGACAUGCCAGCUAAGGAGGAGAAAGGAGAGAACGUGGAGGAGGAAGAUGGGGAAGUGGAUGUCGUGGAUUCACCUGAACCUCAUGAAGUUACAGUAGCAAGAGAAGAGAUCAACCUGCUGCUGGCAGAACAGCGCAAGACAGUGGCCCUGAAGACAGAGCUGGAGCAGCACUUAGCAAAUGCCAAGAAAAAAGCUUCCCAGAUGGAGGAGUUUUUCCCUAGACAAAUCGCUAGUGAGGAUCAGCAGGAGGUGCUCAGGCUUCUCUGCAGAGCCCAUGAGCUUCAGCUUGGCAACACAGAGCUGCAGGCAAAUACACUGUACAGGGAGAAUCUAUUGUGCCAGAAGGAUUUUGUGAUCCAGCAACUGCAGCAGCACUUGUUACUCUGUGACGACAUCAUUCAGCAGCAGCAUAUGCUGAUAAAAGCCCAGAACAUUCCUAUCCCAGAGACGCUGGCCAGGUUACACCACCUGCACCUCUCUGAGCUGGAGGAGGGGGUGCUGAACCGCCUACUGCUGCUACACUCAGUGAUGUCCAGCAUGCUCAGGAGAAUUAAGGCUUUUGGCAACAGAGAAGCACCCAGGCAGUGCUGUGCAUGA